UCCUGUUCUUCCCUCCUCCUCCCCCUGCACAAAGCAUCCUGUGUGUCCAGCCCGAUCCCCCCACACCCCCCAAACCCGGGGCACCCCAGGAACCUUGCACCCCCUCCCCCAUCACACGAAUCUCUUAAUGAUGUUACUCUUCAUGUAUAAGUCCAGAUGUGGACAUAGCUGGUGAAAAGAGACAGACAACGUGAGUUUAUCGACUGGCUGCAUUCAGAGAACUACUGCCCUUGGAGGCAUGACGACCUCAGAGAGUGUGUUGCUUCUGCACUGAUUCAGCUCAAGUGGUGUCCCACCAGGUGCAUGCGAUAACUCCAGAAGAUAGUUUGAUAGUGUCCAGACCAGCUCACUGGGCAACCUGAAGAAAGAUCAUCCUAUAAAGGCCGUGAUCCAUUGCAGGACAAAUACCCUAUUCCUACUCAAAAAUAAAAGCAUUUCUGACAAUGAUGGAGAAUGGUGAAGAGACAUACGUUCAGGAGGGUAAUCGAGCAACGACUAGCCGCAGUGAGAUUUCAGAAUGUUGGACUGGUAUAAGGACAGACGAAGUGAGACCAUUUGUUCCUCUUCUUGGCAAGAUGCCAGAAGGUCAGACACCUUCACAGUCCCCACUCAUGUUAAGUAGCAUUGAUGAACACCAGAACCGCUGGAGAGAUAAACCAGGACACCGAUUGCUGGAAGCCGAAACAGUUUGCCAGCCUGGUCCUGCACCUGUGCAAUAUGGAUACCCUGCUGGUCAAAGCUCUCCAGCAUCCUUAACACUUUUGGAGAAGCCAAGAACCACAGAACCAAGUACUGUGGAACAGAGUGUUGCAGAACCACGCGUAGUAAGAAUAUCUGAAGACUCCAAUACACAACCUGUUUUGCACGGUGCAACACCAAUGCCAACAAGUUUUGGUAAAGUAGACAAAGAAAGUGGGAUGCUCACUAGACCUCAGGGUUGGACUAAUGUUGACACACAAUCAAGGAAUAUAGAUGAAAACAAAAGAAAAGAAAUUGGCACUUCAGAGCAACCAGGUCCACGAUAUUGGGGUCUGUUCCAAUGCUCAUUCUGCAAUUUUGUUUUCCAGGAUCUCUCUGAGCUUUUACAGCAUCAAGAAACUCACAACCAAGAUAAGUUCCAAGGAAUAGGACAUGAGCUGGUGCAGUCAGAUCAGCAAGAUGAGACUGCAUGUGAAUGGCGUAGAUACCGAUGCAUCGUGUGUGACAAAAUCUUCUGCAAACAAUCGUCUCUGGUUACUCAUCUGCGUAUACAUACAGGUGAGAAGCCUUUCUCAUGUCAUGUAUGUCGAAGAAAAUUUAACCAACGUACAAGCCUCACUGUCCAUCUUCGAACUCACACAGGAGAGGCACCAUUCCGCUGCAACAAGUGUAGCAAGAGCUUCCGACAACAAUCCAAUCUCACCCAUCACAUGAAGAGCCACCAGAGAAUAGAAGAGCUCGAUGGAAUAGAGUGGAGUGAAGAGAACAGGGCUCCAGGACUUCCUUUGAUGUAUCUCAUAUCAGAAGGGAAUGAAUCCACUAGUGAGGUUUGGGGUACAAAAGGUACUGUUCUUAAAGGUGGCAAAGAAGAAGAACCUGCAUCUUGUAAAAGACCCUAUGUAUGUGGCCACUGUUACAAACGCUUUACCCAUCAGUCCAAUCUCAUGGUUCAUCAGCGUAUUCACACAGGGGAUCGAUCAUACAGAUGUCAAGAAUGUGGAAAACAUUUCAGUAGAAGAACCAGCUUGAUGGUUCACCUGCGUGGCCACACAGGAGAAAUGCCAUACUCCUGUCAGCAGUGCGGAAAGAGUUUCCGUCAGCAAUCCAAUCUUCUCUACCACAUGAAGAGUCAUGCAGGACUAAUUGACUUGAAAGCAGAAGUCCCCUCUGGCAGUGCUAAUAAGCAAACAGUGAAGCUGUCUGGUCAGCUGAUUGGGCCAUCGGGCCAGUAUGUGGACAGAGGAGAAUAUCCACAACUUUUAAACAUUGGCAGUGUUGGAGGAGUGAGAGGAGAAGAUGGCCAGGUGAGGGCCUACCAAUGUAACCAGUGCUCAAAAUGGUUUCCCACUACCUCCAGCCUCCUACUUCACCAAAAGCUUCACAUGGAACAACCAAAUAGUAUAAUGCAGUGCAGAGAAAUUCAGGUCCAAUACCCCAUCAAUAGGGGUCCUCCACAUACAUACACUGAGAACAUGCUGUCUUCUCGACAUGAGCUUGAAGGGUUUCCACAGCCCCUCUUUAAGUUCCCUCCACGUACUGAGGGAAAUAGUGUCCCAGUCAUUCCAAAUGGCUCUGAGUCAAAUGUCGUUCCUCAGCCAGGAAAUAGCACUGGAUUUCAAAGAAUAGGAGGCAUUACUGCAGAGAAGGUACCUGCAAAGGGUCCUUUCCAGAUUAGGGGAAGAGGAAGGCCAAGAAAAAACCCUUUGGUAGGUCAAGGACAAGGUCCUAUGAUGGCUCUUUUAACGGGCAAAGCUAUUCACAAGUGUUGGAAGUGCCCAAGACGUUUUAAUAAUAAGUCAAACCUGAUCGUCCACUUGCGUAUUCACACUGGUGAACGUCCUUACCAGUGUUGGAAAUGUGAGAAAAGAUUCAGACAGCAGUCAAACUUGAUCCAACAUCUCAGGAAUCAUCAGGAACUUUUCCGAGAUGACCUUUCCCCAGAACCGAGAAAAGAGACAAACAAAGAACAGGAGAAUGGCAAGAAUCAGCCAGACAUGAUGAUGCUUCAACCAUCCACUGUUGGCCAAGCUCGUUGGACAUUUUUUCCAUUCACAGAUGGGAGCCAAAUCAACCACAGUGGGCAGCUGUUUGACCCUCCACAGACUGUAAAUCUGACUGAAAUUUCCCCUGCCACUCCGUGUGUCAAUUCAGGGACCGAUGCCAUUCCUCCAUCAGCUGACAGAUCUUUCAAAUGCAGAAGCUGUUUUAAGACAUUUAAUCACAAAUCGAAUCUCUUAGUCCACGAGCGUAUACACUCAGGCGACAAGACCUACCGCUGCCAAGAGUGUGGAAAGCAAUUCAGUCAACGCACAAGUCUGAUGGUUCAUCUAAGAACCCAUACUGGGGAGAUGCCCUAUUCAUGCUUGCAGUGCAGGAGACGUUUCCGUCAACAGUCCAACCUGCUUUAUCACAUUAAGACCAAUACGGUGCAAGGCCUCCUCAAGUGCACCACAGAACACUUACCAAACUCUCCAACACUUUCAGGAAUAGAGUCUGGAGGGGAAAACAGCAUUGGAUCUGAUAUGGAGUCCACACCCGGGCAUGCACCUAUUUGGAUGCAUUUGGACUCAAACUCAAAAAGCCAAAUGUCUCCUGCCCCUCCAAAUGAGAAUACAAAAGUGGAGUUUCACUGUCCUGAAUGUGACAAAGUAUUUACUCACCAAUCCAAUUUGCUGGUUCAUCAACGGAUCCAUUCUGGAGAGCGGGCAUACCGUUGCCAUGAAUGCAACCGUCAGUUCAGUCAACGCACUAGCCUGAUGAUCCAUUUGCGCACUCACACUGGUGAGAUGCCAUACGCCUGCCAGUGCUGCGGUAAGAGAUUCAGACAGCAAUCAAACUUACUAUACCACUUGAAGAGCCACGCAGAGCAGGGCAGUAUUAUGGAUUCUAUUCCAAGUUCAGAUUAUGCAGCUCCCAAGGCAAGAGGCAGGCCACGGAAAAGUGAGUCUAGUGAGGGGAAUAGGGACAAAAGUUUAAUGCCUAGGGGCAAGCGUACCUACAAGUGCACAGAGUGUCCAAGGCGUUAUAACCUCAUGUCUAAUUUAGUCACUCAUCAGAGAUCGCACGAUCAACAGCCUCUGUACAGUUGCUCAGAAUGUGGCGAGAGUUUCCUUCAGCAGAGUUACCUCACCGUCCACAAAAAACUCCACGCCAAGCGGGACACUCCCCAACUUGGGGCCCAGUAUUGCUGGAAGCCGAGCCAGGAGAUGAUGGACAUCAGAAGUUCAGGUAGAGAAGAGGAGAGAGGAGCUGUGUACAUACAGCACGAGAAAUAGACAGGGAUCCUGUGGCACAUGUCUGAAAAUAGGGCACAGAGUAGAUGUUAGACUCAAGCAAGGUGACCCUAAGAAGAAAAGCAAUAUUAUAAUUAUCAUAGGAAGAAAAGUCUGGGGGUGAGGAUAUGUGGGGGUGCCUGUGAAGUUCCUUUGCAAUAUCCAACAGUUAAUUGGCAGUGCUGCAUCUCCAAGAUGCUGUAAAAUUCUUAAGGGACUGGUCAAUAAACUCUGCGUUGUGCCAAAUAUACUUCUGACUUGGUCAUUGUCCAACAAUUGACCAAAGUCCACUUGACGCCAACACCAUAGAACUUGGCAGAAUCUCAGAGUCUGUGAGAAGUCUGCCGAAAGCUGUACAAAUCUGCAGAAUUUCGCAGAAGCGGCGGCUAAAACGUGGUGACUCAAUAGUGUAGCUCUAUAUUUAAAUUAUUUCUCCUGAAAAAUGGAGGUAGGAGGAAUUUCAACUCUUCUGAGGUUAUGUACGGGAUGAGGAAUUGUGGAGAAUUAACAAGGGAUUGUGACUUUUAUGCCAUUAUAGUGGAGUUGUAGACAUUUUACAAUUUGGCUAUUUUUAAAAGAAAUGUGCAAUUUCCUUGACCAUUCUCAACAUUUUCUGUUUUGGUGAAUAAAUCCAGUUGCGUUGUACACCCAUCUAGCACAAAUAUUUUUUUAUUUCUUUUCAUAUGGAUUGUAGUUAAUAUCCACACAAUACAUAUAAUAUAAAAGCCUGUUAGCAUGGCUACAGCCUCCGCAGUGAGGGAUAGCAUGUAUUUAGGCAUCAACAUAGUAUGACAUCAAGGAUAAGUCCUAUUACACAGAUUUGAAAGCACUUAAUUAUCAGAUAAAAUUCAAAUGUUCAUUACAGUAUUGUAGGGAAUUUUGUUAAUUCCAUUGAGACAUUUCAUUGCCAUUUUUAAUUUGGCAACAUUUCCCUUGGCCCCUGUGGGGAUCAAUGUCAUAUUUCGCCUAAUAAAGAGACCUAUUCUGUGUGGCGUAGACACAUUGAUAGCACUUUAAUGACUGACAGUAAUUUCCCCAAUGUUUCUUCUGUUUAUAUUGUAUUGUUGUCCAAGGUCGUGUGUCCAUGUAGAAAUUUGUGGUGAGACUCAAAUGGGGUUAUUCUCUUAACAGAGAUCUUUGGAGAAUUGAUGUAGAAUGCACAAUUUCAGUCAAAAUAGCCAAGUAAAAAAAUCAAUCUGUGCUGUUUUGCCCCUUUCGGUGAACCCAAGAUGUGGUUUCCAAAAAGGUCUGUGGAUCAGAAUGUGUUGCAGUUAAUAUGGGUGUUUAAGGGAUUUAUCAUUGCUCAAAUGCUAGCUACAGAGUUGGAAAGCAGAGAUUCGUAGAAUAUGGAUUAAAGUUGUCUUUGAAUAUAUGGAAAUGUGGAUCAGGCAUUCUAGUUGACACAGUAUUACAGCAAGUAUAGAAUCCAGGUAUUGUACAAAAUUAAAUAUUUAAGACCUUUUCAAAGCAGCAUUUUACCUUGGUCCCGUUGAAGGCCAUAUUUGUACAAUUUGCGAAUAUAUUUUGUGGAUCACUCAUCAGUUUCCAUAAUGUAGUUGGAGGUUCUGAGUGAUAUAAAAAAAAUCUGUAGUUACCCAGAUCAUUCCUUGGGUGGUUGAAAGUUAUUCUGUAUCGGAUUCUGAGCAGUACCAUGCAAAGUCCAUCGUGUGACCGUUCGUUUGGAGUUCUAAGUAACUUCGAUUGCAGAAAAUACUCAACAUUUCCAUCAGUUGGGCUCAUCUUUGUAGAUUAUCGUAGGAAUUUGAAGAACCUUGCACAUAUAUACUUUUGAAUCAAACAUUUUGGUUUCUGUAUGUUAAGUUCAAUAGGGUACAUGCCAUCAUUCUUUAAUAUAGCUACAAUUCCUUGGGGGCUGCAUAUGAUUUUGUUAUAUUUUGUUGCUGUCUGACACAUUUAGCGUAUAUAUCAUGUUGGAGAUAGUUCAAUGAAAAAUGUGCUUGUAGGAAUAUAGCUAAAGAGGAAUUAUGUCUCCUAAUUUGUUCUUUUCUUAGAACACAUUUAGAACGUUGUAACUCUAUUCGUGACAUAUUUGAUUGCAUAGAGGCCUGCCAAAGAAUGCUUUUUGCACACCGACGUUCUAAAUGCAGAAGUCCUGUCAAGGAUUUAAAAUGAAUAUCGUUGUUUAACACUUUCAUUCAAAAAACAAAUAAGAUUGAGAACAGUGGAUUCUCAUUCCAUAAUGAUCAUUGUGAUCCUUCCUGUAAAAUCUACAGGAAUCCAAGUUUUGUCUGUCAAACUUGCCCUACUGGACAGAUCCCACUGUAUUCAAUU